AUGACUUCAUGGAGGACAACAAGACGCUCGUCUAAUGGGAAUGGGCGAUCUUCCAAUGGGGAAGAUGUCAAUGGAAGCGGCCGCCUUGGUGGCUGCAGCUACCUCUCUAACGUGAGGCCAGAAAACAGGUACAGAAUCCAGACUAACUCAGGGUGCUGUCCUUCCAGGAGCACACUCUGCAGUGUGAUUGCUCAUUUAACUGAAGAAACACAGCCGUCCUUUGAAGCUACCCUGAAGUCAAAAGCUGUGUCCGAAAAUUCAAACGUGAAGUUUUCCUGUGUGGUUAGAGGAUACCCGGCCCCUCAGAUUACGUGGUAUAAAGACGACAUGCAGUUGGAUAGAUACUGUGGACUUCCUAAAUAUGAAAUAUUCCACAAUGGACAAAAUCAUUCCCUGCAUAUUUACAAGUGCACUGUGGAGGAUGCAGCUAUAUACCAGGCCUCAGCCAUCAACAGUAAAGGUAUUGUUUCCUGCUCUGGUGUUCUGGAGGUGGGUGAGAUGAAUGAGUUCAAAAUCCACCAGCGUUACUUUGCCAAGGUCAAACAGAAGGCUGAGAGCAGACGCAGGGAAGCAGAAGGCAAAGAAAACCAGGAGCCACUACGAACCAUGAGUCCUGAUCGUACACAGAGGAAACGCCGCUCGACAAUGGAGGCUUUUCUUAGCACACCAAGCUCAAUGGAGGAUGAUGGUACCGAGGAGAACCAUCAAGCUGUUGUUCUAGAGACAAAGCCCAGGUUACAAGGGGCCCCUGGGGAGGAGGUUAAAGAAAAGCCAGUCCCAAUCCCUAAUGGCACAAUGCCUAGUUUAUCUAAAGGAGAGGCUGUUAAUGAUAAUGGAAGUAAGGCUGAGAGAUGCUUGUAUGAUGCUACCCAGAAGAUUUUUACGACACACCAAACAAAAGCUCCCUUUAUCAAGAAAAAGAUUAAAAUUUCCAACAGUGCAAAAGCUGGAAAAGCAGAUGGUCUAGCAGAGAGAGUGUCUGAGGAGAGAAGGCUGAAAGAUGAGCCCUCGGUCUCUGCAGCUCUGACCUGUAAAGAGUCAGUCCAGAUCCAGAGGAAUUCAGAUGAGAUUAUGGAAGUUACACAAGAUCCCACAAAGAUGAACAGGAAUGAUGCACCUGUCAGCCUUGAGCUACCACCAGACCAGUGUAUGGUCAGCUCGCGACAACAAAAGACUCCAAUAGAAAGGCCGACCAUGGCAGAUGACAUCCAGACCCCGCUUUUGCAUAGUGGUUUUAAAACAGACAUUGACACAAUGACACAGGACGCAUGGGAUCAUUCCAAGGCAUCAAAUGAAGUUCUUUCCACAAACGUACAGAAGUCACCCCUCAAAAGCCCUGUCAGUGGUGAGAACGCUUUAAGGUGUAAUAUUUCGCUCAGUAUCAUGGAGAGUCAAGUUAACACAACUAUAAAAGCUGUUGAAGGGACAGAAAUACAACAUGAUGAGAAGGCAGAGCUCACUAAGUUGUUGGUUGAGAGUGACAAUCCAAAUGAGAAGAUAGUGGAGAUGGAAACUGAAACUGCUGCUGUAAAUGUGACUGAACAAACUAAAACAGAAGAAAGCAAAGAUGCAAGGAACAAAUACACUGGAGGAGUCAUUGUGGAUGCACCUUGCAAUGAAACUGGGCAGAACGAGCACAUAUCAAAAGUGGAGGUUAAGGAAGGUUUACUGUCAGACUCCACAGCCAAUCAAACUGCAGAACCUAGCCCAUCAUUGAAGAAAAGAAACUGUGUUUCUCCCAUCCCUUCUGCUACUCCACAAGAGCUGGCCUCUGGGGCUCGCCGCAAAAUCCUAACACCCAAGGCCAAACCUGAAGAGACCACAGAGGUCACAUCAGCAACUGAUAACCAGACUCUGAAAAGGGAAGCAUCUACGCAGAGCAGCAAGCUUUCCACAACUGCUGUGGCCCUCUCUGUAUCUCCAAGCGUGUUGCGACGGUCAUCUGUACUUCAGCCCACAGGUGAACAAACCUCUCUACUAGAAAGGCGUUCACCCAUCUUGAGCAGAAAGAAGAUGGCAUCAGAAACACCCAGCCAGCUGCCUGCUGAGGAGAUUCAAACUGAAAGGAAACCUGAAGAGAAGGACAAGCGUAACCCAUUCAAAGCUCCUCAAGUUAUCCGUAAGAUUAGGGCUGAAACUUUUGCAGAUGCCUCUGGACACUUGAAACUGUGGUGCCAGUUUUUCAACGUUCUCAGUGACUCGACUAUUAAAUGGUACAAAAAUGAGGUGGAGAUUACUCAGGUUAAAAGAAAAGCAGGGGAUGAAGCCCAGGUCAAUCUUGCCAUUGUUCAGGCGUCUUCCAAAGAUGCCGGUGUUUACGGAUGCUCAAUCACAAAUGACUAUGGGACAGACUCCACAGACAUUCUGCUCAGUGCAGAUAUCUUGACUGGACUGUCCAUACGUGAGGACCUUGGGGUUGGGGAGGAAAUCGAAAUGACACCCCUAAUAUUCAGCAAGGGAGUGGCUGAUUCUGGUGUCUGGGGCAACAAAUUCUUUGGUCGCAUAAUGAUGAAGGAAUCUCAUAUUGGAGAUGGCUGUUCUCAUAAAGUCUGGAGGGCAAAAGUCAUCUACGGUCUGCAGCCUGUGUUUGAGUCUGGUAACACAUGUAUCAUUAAAGUAUGCAACCCCAUCGCUUAUGGAGGCAAAGAGGACAGCUGUCUUAUAGAUACAAACCUGGACAUCAUGAAGCAGGAAUGUAAAAUUCAGAACUUGGCUCGGGAAUACUGUAAAAUCUUUGCUGCAGAGACAAGAGUUAUAGAAAACUUUGGGCCCUCUCUUGAGGUGAUUCCAGUCUACUUGAUGUACCGACCAGCAAACGCUGUACCAUACGCCACAGUGGAGACAGAUCUCACAGGGGUGUAUCAGAAAUUCUCUGGCCUGGACUAUACUGGCAGAAUAGACAUGAGGACUGGCUCUGAGGUGGAGCAGAAGUGCUGUACCCUGCAGCACUGGAUCUUUCAGUGGACCAAUGGAAAUCUGCUAUUCACUCGACUUGAAGGUGUUGACACUAAGAUCACCGGUGUUGGAAUUUCAGUCAAAUCAACAGGGCAUCAAGGUUUAUCUAUCGAAGCGAAUCCCAAAGUUUUUGAACAGUUUGUCUCUCAGCACAAGUGUAACUACUUUUGUGGUCUGCUUGGCCUGCGGUCACUGAAAGUUAUGGACUCUUUGCUGACACCAGCAAAGCCAAAGAGCUCCAGGAGUCCUUUGCUUCAGCGCAAGAUGGCUGCAGGCUCCUCCAGCCCACAGACUGGGAGGAAAGCUGCUGGUAGCCCUAGACUGUCGAGGAAGACUGAGCAAGAAGGAAGCAAGAUGCCAACAAAACAGAAAGCUGCUGAUGCUCCCAAAACAAUGAAAAUGGCAUAG